AGUAAAGCAAAGCAAAGCUUCCCUCAAAUGGAGCUCCGUUCCGUCUGAUUGAAUUCCGAUUUAUGCUAGGUUUUGGGAAGCUCAAGCAAGUCAAGAAGUCACAGCUUUCAAGAACUUCAGAUACCUCUAAUCACCAUCCAAAAAGUCACAAAUCUCUUCUCUUCCAUUCACACACACAUAUCUAAACACACAUACAAGCACACACACAUAUACAUCCAAUUGUUUUUUGUAUGUAGCUGGUUCUUUCAGCGAUUCUUUGGUUGAUCAAUCUUGAUGUCAUCGACCACGACGAUGUGUUCGAUGAGGACUCGUAGCUCAUUAGAGAUUAUGCUGGACGUAAUCCAGCAAAGAGAUGAACAGGGGUCGAAGGAUGUGCCUCCGGCAUUGCCGGCUCGUCCGGCGUCGAGGGCCCGGUUACCUCCGGCGAGAAGGUCGUUGCCGAUUAAUCUCCAAAAGGGUGGUUUGUCCUUUGAUUUCAAAGAAAGCCAGGGUAAAAAGAAGGAAGAUGUGAAAUCAGGGUUUCAAUUGGGUGUAUUUGAGAGCACAAGAACCGAUAGAAAAGCCCUUGUUGAAUCACCUUACAAACCAAUGUCAUCGGAAACUGAAGCAUCCACUGAGGAAUGUGAGUGUGGUGAUUGUGUUGGUGUUGUUCUAAAGAAGGUUGGUGUACUGGAAGAUACAAGAGAAAGAGCACUACAAGGGAUAUUGGGGAUCCAAAAAUGUUUCCGCGGUCACCAAGCUCGCUGUUAUUAUCGUGAGCUUAGAAGAGGAAUAUAUACACUGCAAUCAUUUGUUCGUGGUGAGAAUGCAAGAAAGGACUAUAAACUUGUGAUGAAAAGACUGACAGCCAUUGUAGUACUACAAAAUCAAAUGAAAAGGCGAAUUGCCCGGAGAACAUUCCAAAAAAGGCAGAAAGCAGUUUUGCGUUUGCAAUCUGCAAUCCGUGGUUGGUUGACUCGAAAGCACUUGAGAUGUAUAGAGAAUCUGCCAUGCAUUGAGAUUAAAGAAGCCACAAAGAAACUGGACCGGAAGAAUCCAGAAACAAAGGAUCAUGUUCAGGUUCUACCUUCAGUUCUAGCUGACCUACAAAGGCGACUUUUGAGAGCAGAUGCAGCAUUGUUAGAAAAGGAAGAGGAAAAAGCUGCUUUGCAGCAACAACUUCUGCAAUUUGAAAAUAAAUGGUCACUUUAUGAAGCAAAGAUGAAAUCCAUGGAGGAGAUGUGGCAAGAUCAGUUGACAUCUUUUCAGAUUAGUCUAGCUGCAGCAAAGAAGAGUCUUGCUGUUGAAAACACCACAGCUCAACCUGGAAAGGUUGUUGCUUCCCCAGAGUAUCUUCAUUUUGAUGAUCGUAAUGCAAUGGUCAAGUUUUCUAAUGCUUCCCAUGAUGCUGGACCACAAAGAAUGAAGUGUGGGUCAGAUGCAAUCGGUCACCUGAAUGAGCAGCAAAAAAUGGUGAUUAAUGAUGACGCCAACUUCCUUCUCGAACUAAAAUCAGGGCAGUUAGCUUCCAGCAUGAAUCCUGACAUUGAGCUUCAAAAACUGAAGCUGAGGUUUGGAUCAUGGAAGAAAGAUUACAAAAUCAGGUUACAGGAGACAAAGGUGGCACUUCAUAAGCUUGGCCACUCAGAAGCGGAAAAGAAUCAGAAGAAAUGGUGGGGAAAUUUGAAACACACGCACAAGAGGAACAUGGGAUGUUAGACUCUUAAAUCCGAAAUUCCUUUAUUUGCUUUGUUUUAGCUAGUGCAGCCUUUUGCUGGCUACCUACCAUUAUAAAUUCAAAUUUCUUCCAAAUCAAAUGGUAUUGGAAAUGAAAGUAGAUCACUUGAAUAAGAAGACACCCGUCUUCAUUUACUGAGCUUCUUCUCACUAGCAAAGAGUGGUUGCCAUAGCAAAUGGUACUAAUUCGUGUGGAAAAGGAGAGGAGAUGUUGAUCAUUGUUUGCAUACAAGUUCUAAUACUAGGGGAUAUAACUUGGAUCGAUGCACUACCGAGCCUAAGAAGCAUGGGAGAGAAGGUUCUUUUGCUUUUAUAUGCUUGUUUUGAACAAUGAAAUGCGAAAAACCCUGCGAAAAUGAAAGGAAAUAAAUGUUGUAUACUUGUAUAUGCUUUGUGGGAGGCAUUUGUUUCAAUGCUUUGUAACUUGGUACUGUUUAAUCUAUCUGGACUAGUCUUGACAGAUUUAAUUUUCACAGGACAUAAUGUGUCUGAAUAGUUCUU